AUGCAGAAACAAUUUGAACCUCUCAAGAACGAUCUUCUACUCAGAGCCGCAAGAGGCGGGAAAGUGGAACGUCCUCCGAUAUGGGUUAUGCGGCAAGCUGGACGCUACCUCCCCGAGUACCAUGAAGCCAAAGGCGGCCGCGAUUUCUUCGAAUGCUGCCGGACGCCCGAAGUUGCAUCGGAGAUUACCAUCCAACCCGUCGAGCGAUACGCCGGUCUGAUCGAUGCCGCCAUUAUCUUCUCGGAUAUCCUGGUUAUCCCCCAGGCCAUGGGAAUGCAGGUCGAGAUGGUGGAUAAGAAGGGCCCUCACUUCCCCGACCCUCUCCAGUCGCCGGACGACGGUCAAUACGAGAAGGUCAUACAGAAAGAUGUCAAUGUCAAGGAUGAGCUGGACUACGUAUACAAGGCUAUUACGCUCACUAGGCAUAAGCUGCAGGGUCGGGUGCCACUGAUUGGUUUCUGUGGUGCACCUUGGACUUUGCUAUGUUACAUGGUCGAGGGUGGAGGAAGCAAGAUGUUCGUCCAGGCUAAGACGUGGCUUUACAAGUACCCGCAGCAGUCGCAGGCAUUGCUGCAGAAGAUCGCAAAUAUCUGUGUAGAAUACCUGGCUCUCCAGGUUUUGGCGGGAGCUCAGUUGGUUCAGGUCUUCGAUUCGUGGGCCGGUGAGCUCUCUCCGGCGUCUUUCAAGAGCUUUGCUCUUCCGUAUCUGCGCCAUAUCUCUGCCAACCUGCCGAAGAGGUUGGAGCAGAUGGGAUUGAAGCCAGUGCCGAUGACGGUCUUCGCAAAGGGCGCGUGGUAUGCGCUUGAUGAUCUUUGCGAGUCGGGCUACAACGUUGUUGGUCUCGACUGGCUGCAUGACCCGGCCGAGGCCUUCAAGAUCGCGAAUGGGCGUGUGACUAUCCAGGGAAAUGCUGACCCUGGCGCGCUCUAUGGAGGCCGCCCGGCUAUCGCGGAAGCCGUUAAGACUAUGGUUGAUGGGUUCCAAAAGGGCAAACAAGGAUGGAUUGCCAACCUGGGACAUGGUGUCACUCCGUUCGUUAAGCCGGAUGACUUGAAGUUCUUCUUCGAAGAAAUCCACCGGUUGACAACUUCAUAA